AUCUGGGCUGACUGCGACACAAGUUUUUUUUAGGGGGAGAAAAGGCUGAGAAAACCCCACACGUAGACACUCUGGUAUGUUUGCAAAUGGUUGAAAGACGAUCUAUCUUUAUUUUUGGAACUAAGGUCACUUUUAUCUGGCGAUGAAGGCGGUUGCGAAGUCCACGUCAACUUUGGAUGCGGCGGAUUUCUCGAUCGGACAGAAGUGAGAGGCGCUAAGGGGGAUCAAAGUGGACCGGUGUUCAAGUUAGACAAGAAAGAAAACGAAAGGGGAACGUAUCAAAUAGGGAAUCGUGCCAACUUUUAAGGAUCUGGUCCGUUGUUGAAGGGAGUGUCUGUGAAAUAUGGCGAAAAAGUAUGAUUUUCUCUUUAAAUUGUUGCUCAUCGGGGACAGUGGCGUGGGAAAAACAUGUCUGAUCAUUCGCUUUGCUGAGGACAAUUUCAACUCAACCUACAUCUCGACCAUUGGCAUCGACUUUAAAGUAAAAACAAUUGAGGUGGAUGGCAAGAAAGUGAAACUGCAAGUAUGGGACACAGCAGGCCAGGAGAGGUUCAAGACCAUCACCACUGCCUACUACAGAGGAGCCAUGGGCAUCAUCCUGGUGUACGACAUCACUGACGAGAAAUCCUUCGAAAACAUACAGAACUGGAUGAAGAGCAUCAAAGAAAAUGCAUCUGCAGGAGUGAGUCAAAUGUUGCUCGGCAAUAAGUGCGACAUCGAGGCGAAGCGGAAAGUUACCAAGGAGACGGGAGAAAAGCUGGCGAAGGAUCACGGCAUCAGGUUCUUUGAAACCAGCGCCAAGUCAAGUAUUAACGUUGAGGAGUCCUUUUUGGCGUUGGCACGGGACAUACUUCAGAUAUCAAGCAGGAAACCGGGUCCCGCUGGUCGACAAGUGAAGAUCACCAGCAGAACUGAGAAAAAAACUUCCAAAUGUGCUCUUCUUUAGACAAGACGCUACACAAAAACACACGCACACCCAGUACACACCUGGCAUACAUGUCAAACACAGAAUCAGAAUCAGAAAUACUUUAAUAAUCCCAGAAGGGAAAUUAAGAUCUUCAGCACAAUCCCAUUCAAGAGCAGACAAACAUUACAGGGAGACAGAACAGGAUCGCUGACGGGUCUGCCAACUUCCGGCGCCCCUUACAAAAAAGGUGAGAAACAGGUAAACGCGGGGGAAGGGGGGUGAGAAGAAAAAAAAAAUCUGUCUAAGCCUGGGCCAAGGAAGAAAAAAAACCUCAUAGACAUAGCACACAUAAACAUGUGUGUAAGAGGGAAACCUCAAAAGGACAUUAAAGACAUUAAAAGAGCAGAGCUGAUGCAACCAGCCACUUCUACACACAGCCACAAAAGUAAAACAACAACAAAAAAACAUACACUGCGGUGGCCUCUGCGGUGUUCCACGCCAUCGUCUGCUGGGGUGGGGGGAGCAUGGCCACAGACAGGAGCAGACCCAACAAAGCAACCAAGAGAGCCGACUCCACCCUCGGCCGCCCGCCAACUCCCGGCGGGAAAAAAAGGAAAAAAACACACACUACUAAAGGAUGUUCUGAAGCAUUCCAUACAUUUCUACUUGUAGCUUGUGCAAUAUUUGUCGCCACCGAACCGCUUAAGUCUUUAUUCGAUGUGAUUUUGGCUCCCACUGUAGUCCGACAUUUUCAACCAUUCUGUUACUGCUGAGAUGGACCUUGACCAUUUCAUCGCUUCUACUAGAUGUUGAGAAACAAGCAGAAGUAGCAAUCAGAUCCUGAAACAUUUUUUUUUUUUACAGAGCAUUUUUAAAUCAAGGAACGGAAAGAGACGAGACUGAAAAGGCUUGCGAAUGUGGAACGUUUGUGCAAUAGAAGCUGUAGGGAUGAGAAUGAUGGAUAAAGAAAAAGUGAACGUGUAAUUGUGAGUAAGGUUUGAACGGUAAAAUGAGAGGUAAAGUUCCUACUCGGAUGAUCAGCACGUCCUGUAUCCAAGUGGAGUUCAUGUAGAAUCGGUUUAUGCUCAAUAAAAACUGAAGACAGUUGA